AUGGAGCUCCACGUGCCCAAGCCGUCCUCCCGAGCAACCAAGAUCGUCGUUGUCGUCUGUUUCCUCAUCUCGAUCGUCCUCAUCUGCCUCGAGAACAGCUGCAUCCUCGGCAAUCUAUCGCGACGCAUUGUCCUUCGUAGGAUCGAGUUCAGAUCGGAAAACGGGAAUUUGUUUUACCAGGCGACUGACGAGGUCAGGGAGAUACCGCUCGACGAUUCGGCGGGCCUAGAGAGGAAGAUCACCAAAGUACAGCUGGUCCCCCUCUGGACGAGCAAUGAGACCCUCAAGGAAUCCCUGGACGUUCCAGUCAAGUACAAGGUCCUGCGACAGCAGGGUCUCGUAGCGAGGAGACAACUACCGAGCGCCUUGAUCAUCGGUAUCAAAAAGGGCGGCACCAGGGCCUUGCUUGAGUUCUUGAGACUGCAUCCCGACGUCAGAGCUGCUGGCUCGGAGGUUCAUUUCUUCGAUCACCACUAUUCCAAAGGCUUCCAGUGGUACAGACAUAGAAUGCCGGCCACUCUGGAGGGCCAAGUGACGAUGGAGAAGACCCCUUCUUAUUUCAUAACCAGCGAGGCACCCCGUCGCGUUCAAUUGAUGAAUCCAGGUACGAAACUCAUAGUUGUCGUCCGCGAUCCGGUCACCAGGGCCAUAUCCGACUACACGCAGGUCAGAAGCAAAAGAUCGACGAUGCCCAGGUUCGAGGACAUGGCGUUUCUCAAUGGAUCACAGGUCGUGGACACAACGUGGGCGCCCCUUAGGAUCGGUGUGUACGCCAAGUACCUGGAGCGUUGGCUCAACUACUUUCCGUUGUCGCAGCUGCUCUUCGUGUCGGGUGAACGGCUGAUUGCCGAUCCGGCAUUCGAGAUAACGCGCGCUCAGGACUUUCUGGGAUUGAAAAGACUCGUUUCCGAGAAGCAUUUUUAUUUCAAUUCGACCAAGGGGUUUCCUUGCCUGCUCAAGUCUGAGGAGCGGGCUACGCCGCAUUGCCUUGGUAAAAACAAAGGUCGGAGCCAUCCUUUCAUUGAUCCCGUAGCCAUUCAACGCCUUAGAGACUUCUAUCGACCUUUCAAUCGACGUUUUUACCAACUCACGGGCAUUGACUUUGGUUGGCCGUAAAAAAAACAAUCAUCCGCGUACAACGAAAAUCCAUGUCCGUCUAACGCGCACUAAUCACGUAUGCGUCGAUGAAAAGUAUCUACUAUACUAUUCUUAAAAACUUUUAUGAUAUAAAUAUUUUUUUUCAUUUUCACACUAUAUAUACCGUUCUAAGGAAAACUUAACCUAUACACUGCAAACGCUCGAUUUUCUACA